AUGUCUUCUUCACAGUAUUCGUAUAUAUUCAAGUACAUCAUAGUCGGAGACAUGGGUGUCGGUAAAUCAUGUUUACUGCACCAAUUCACCGAGCAAAAGUUCACUGCUGAUUGUCCGCACACCAUUGGUGUAGAAUUUGGAACAAGAAUCAUUGAAGUGUCUGGGAAGAAGAUUAAACUUCAAAUCUGGGACACGGCAGGACAAGAACGUUUCAGAGCUGUAACAAGAUCGUACUAUCGUGGAGCAGCUGGAGCAUUGAUGGUAUAUGACAUAACCAGACGUUCUUCUUAUAAUCAUUUGAGUAGUUGGUUAUCUGAUACUCGCAAUCUUACAAAUCCAGGAACUGUGAUUUAUUUGAUUGGGAACAAAUUGGAUAUGGAAAGUAAUCGAGAUGUGUCCUAUGAAGAAGCCAAGCAAUUUGCUGAUGAAAAUGGAUUAAUGUUUUUGGAAGCAAGUGCCAAAACUGGAGAGUAUGUAGAAGAUGCUUUCCUUAAAACUGCUCAGAUAAUUUAUGAAUGCAUUCAAGAUGGAAGACUUGACUUGAAUGCUGCUGAUUCUGGAGUACAGCAGAAAAUCCUUCAAUGUGAAACCAAUCCAAAUGUUGAAAAAGAUAAAUCUUGUAUGCAAUGUUAA